AUGUCCCCUGGGGACAGUGUCCUGGAAAUCCCUGCCCAGGAGACCCCCAAAUAUCGCUUCCGCAAACGGGACAAGAUGCUCUUCUACGGCCGCAAGAUCAUGCGGAAGGUGACGCUGGUCCUGGGCCAUUUCGAGAAGCCCCUGUUCCUGGAGCUUUGCAAGCACAUGGUUUUCCAGGAAUGCCAACAAGGUGACUACGUUUUCCGUCCCGGACAACCCGACACCAGCAUCUACGUGCUGCAGGAUGGGAAGUUGGAGCUGUUCCUCAGCGAGCCGGACGGGAAGGAGACGGUGAUGAAGGAGGUGUUCCCCGGGGACAGCGUGCACAGUCUGCUCAGCAUCCUGGACGUCAUCACGGGCCACCAGCGACCGUACCGGACGGUGUGUGCCCGGGCGGCGGUGGACUCCACCGUUCUUCGGCUGCCGGUUGAAGCCUUCUCGGCCGUCUUCGAGAAGUACCCCGAGAGCUUGGUGCGGGUGGUGCAGAUCAUCAUGGUGCGCCUCCAACGCGUCACCUUCUUGGCUUUGCACAACUACCUCGGGUUGACGAACGAGCUCUUCAGCCAC